GGCGACAGCGACACGGCGGCCCCCGGGGGCUCGGAGAGGGGAACCGCAUGGCUGGGAAGAUCAAAGGCUGUGCUCAGCCUGGCCAGGGUUACUUUUAAAAAGAAGCUGUCACUGCUAAGCCAGGAGAAGCCUUUGGAGCGAAGCCAAUUCUUGCCCAGGCUGGAGGAGAGCCCUGGCAGGGAGCAAACCCGGAGCUUUCCCAAGGAUUCCUGCAGCAUGUCCAACCAGGGAGACGACUGCUACUUCUACUUCUACUCCACCUGCAACAAGGGAGAUUCCUGUGCCUUCCGCCACUGCGAGGCCGCCCUGGGCAGCGAGACCGUGUGCACCCUGUGGCAGGAGGGCCGGUGCUUCAGGAAUGUCUGCAGGUUCAGGCACAUGGAAAUCGAUAAAAAGCGGAGUGAGAUCGCCUGUUACUGGGAGAACCAACCUGGAGGCUGCCAGAAGCACAACUGCGCUUUCCACCACACCAAGGGGCGCUACGUGGACGGGCUCUUCCUUCCCCCCAGCAAAACCACUCUUCCGAGCCCCCCUGAGGCUGCAGAGGACGAGGUGAAAAUGGUGCAGCUGCAGCAGAACAAACUCUCGGUCCAGUCCAACCCCUCCCCACAGCUCAGGGGGGUGAUGAAGGUGGAAAACUCAGAGAAUGUCCCCAGUCCCACCCAUCCCCCAGUGGUCAUCAACGCUGCAGAUGACGAUGAAGAUGAUGAUGACCAGCUUUCUGAAGAAGGAGAAGAAACCAAAACCCCAGUCCAGGCACCACCCACAGAAAGCCACAACGGGCUGAGGGUGAUUUCCACCAGGAAACCCAACCCCAGUGCAAAGCAAGAUGACAACUUAAAUUUCGGGAUAAAAACCUUGGAAGAGAUCAAACUGAAGAAACUCAAGGAAAAAGCCAAAAAACAAGGUGAAGGUCCUUCAGGAGUGGCUGUGGAUCCCCUCCAAGCCCGGAGCAUUCCCGUGCCAGAGAAGGAAAACGUCCGCACCGUGCUGAGAACUGUGACCCUCUCCUCCAAGGAAGGGGAGGACCCCGUGAUCCAGCUGAACAUUCCUGACAGACUGGGAAAAAGGAAAACCCUCACAGCUGGGAAAACUUUCCUUCCCCUGAGGAGGAACGUUGCUGACAGGCUGGGGAGGAAGGCAGAGCUGCAGGGCAACACUGACAAGGCCCCAAAGAGAGGCACAGUUCAAGUCCUGAAGUCUCUGAAGGAGAGGCUGGGGCUUCCCUCUGAGCAGAGCAGCACUGAGACAGACAAAGCUGCCAAGCCCAUCGAGGAGAUCCGGGUGAAAACCCUGGAGGAAAUCCGGCUGGAAAAAGCCAACCAGAGGCGAGGGGAGCCCCCAGCCAAAAUCCCAGGAGAAAGCAGGAAAACGGAAGAUUCGGGAGCGAGACCCUCCCCGGCCGCCCGCGCCAAAUCCCUGGCGGGAGCCCUGGCGGAAAAAAACCACAAAAGGCUGGGAGAGGAGAAGGAAAAACCCGAGGAAUUCCCCAGCAGGGCCAAAGCUGAGGCCGGUCCCAGGAAACAGAACAUUCCUGCUCCAGCCAUGCCGGGCAGGGCGCAGCCUGCGGAGCCGGGAAGAGCCAAAGGAAGCGGAGAGGUUCGGAUCAAAACCCUGGAGGAGAUCAAGAGGGAGAAGGCGCUGAGGAUGCAGCAGGGAGGGGAGAAUGGCCCGGCCCCUCCCAGCCAGCAGCCCCAGGCAGCCCUGAGGGGCAGGAAGCUGCUCCGGGUCACCAAGCUCGUAGGUGAGCAGGAAUUCUGCUUC